AAGUACACGUGUAUUUACAGAGCAGCGCCAGGCUUUGUGUGCAACCUUCUUGUUUACUGUGCUAUAGAAUUCAUAACAAGCAUGCAACGAAAAAGGACCAUAGAGAAAAAGCAAACAGAUUCUGAUCAGAAUAAUUCGUCAAAGAAAAAUUCAGCUGAUAAGCCCUCUGGUCAAAAUGCAAAUCCCGUCUCUCAAGAAGGGCUGUGCUCUCGAGUGCUGUCAGUUGGGAAGUACCUUCUUCUCUUCAUCGUCAUUCCUCCGUUUCUUAAUUAUGCAUCGUUGCAGAGGGAAGGACUACUGUUACAGCCAGAGGGAGGACAGUUAAUAGAUGUUGGUUUGGGGCAGAAGAUGUGCCUAACCUGCAAAGGAACAGGACAGCCUGUUGUGGUACUGGAUGCACCCACUGGCAUGUCUUCAGAUGUCUGGUUUCAAAUACAGGAUGAUCUAUCCCAGUUAACAAAGGUUUGUACAUAUGACAGGGUUGGUCUUGGGUUCAGUAAGCGGACAUUGCAGAAUGAGACAACAGGAGUGGAAAGGGUUUGGAGAGAGUCAACCACUGGAAGAAUGGUUGAUGACCUUCAUCGACUUAUCAAGGAAGCCAAACUUCCAAAACCCUUCAUUCUGGUGGGCUCUGAGCUGGGGGCCCUCAACGGCAGGUUUUAUAGUCACAUCCAUGACACGGAGGUUUCGGAGCUUGUCCUCAUUGAUCCAAUCCCUGAAGACAUUUUUUUGGAGGACGUAUGGCAGCAGUACUGGUACAAAGAGCUGGUGCCAUAUCUACAAAUGCUGCAGUUUUCUGCGGCCAGUGGAUUGAGUCGACUGUUACUAAUUGCGGGGUGGAUGCAGCCGUCAAUCACAGGAGAGAACGUUUCUGAAGAUUUAAUGAGAAGACAAGUAAGGCGGUGCACUGCAUCAUAUUCAUGUUCUGUAUUAAUUUAUUGUCUUUUACAUAUUUGCUGUUUUAUUUAUAGGUCCAUCGACAUCUUUUUAGAUUGUCCCUGUUACUCAGAAAUCCUUCGUUUUACUGGUGUGUUCAAUUUGAGCAUACCUUUACUAUUUUUCAUAUUGUUUAUACAGUGAGUGCAUUUUACAGAUGACUGGUGUAAUAAUUGCACAAUCGAUAUCCCCAAUUGCGCUUACUUUACCGGGUCAACAGCACACAAGGUGAUUUUUUUUUUUUUGCUGAGAAACAGAACAGAUGGCAUGUGGGUUUUAUCACCGGUGUACACUGCUGGUAUGGUUUACUACACAUGUGGUGUAGUUACCUCCAGGCUCCAGAACAUAUUCCAUCCCAAAAAUAAACCUAGUGAAAUAUAUGUAAGUAGUGGGUGCUUUUAAAAAGAAAACUGAUCCUGAGGUGGAGUAACCCCAUCUUGUAUUCUUUUUUCAAUGUUUUUUUUUUAAUUAUUUUUUGUAUUUAUUUUUUAUUGACAUGUAAUAAUCUCACAUGACCACUAGUGGCUGCAGUGCAAGAGAAUCCCAAGUCGUGGUGUUUGAUUGUAUAAAAAAAAAAAAAAAAAACGUUAUUCUUUUUUUGUUACCAAACUGAGACACGGCAUAUAUUGCUUUAUACUGUAAGGGAGGAGAGACUCCCCAAUCCACAUCUCUCUCUUGUGAUAUAUUAAACAGUCUGCGAUCUGGCUUCUCUCCACCUUCACAUUCUGCCCUGGGCUUAUAUAGGAGGCUGUGUGAUCGCCUUAAAAAAACAAAACAGUUGAGCAAUUGUCCCACUGAGCCCAGCAAGCAAAAAAGCCAGCUUGAUUUAGGGUAUUUUACCAGUUGUAAUGCUUCUGAUUGCCAGAUGCUGUAGCACAUGACUCACCC